UAACCACCUAUUUAGUUGUGCAUAAUUGCAUCAUUGCUAGAUUUUAUUGAAGGGAAACAGUUGAAAGGAGGCUCAUUUGAUCAAAAGACUUGGUUCAUCUAUGUUUCCUUGGUCUUAAUAUAUAAAGACGCAAACAGUCUAUAGAUUGAUAUAAUUCUUACGAGGUAUACCAUGGUACCAAACAAGCUAUCUAUCAACCUCAGAUGGCAUUCAAAUGGAACCCAUGAGAGAGAGAGCUUUAAAUAUUGCCGUCACCAAACAUCAAUAGCCAAUCCCAAGCCUGACCCCCUCUCCCAUGGAAUCACUCGGAGCCACCAUCCACUCUGAGGCCACCUCAAGCCUCUCAAACAAGGAGGCCAUCAUGGUGAAGGCAGAAGAGGAGGAGGGAGGAGCAGGAGGAGGAGGAGAACAGCCAGAGUGCAACGAAGUCUUAUUAGAUCUCAGCAUGUCCAAUAAAGACUCCGACGAUGGCACCUCGUCGUCAGCCCAGCCCGUGCUCGAGCUCGACCUCAUCGGAUCCUUGGGCGCCACAGCCGGCGCGGCCGCCAUCGAGGCCCCACCACCGGAGUCCCGGGAGUCGGAGCCAAGGGUGUUCUCGUGCAACUACUGCCGGAGGAAGUUCUACAGCUCGCAGGCGCUCGGCGGGCACCAGAACGCUCACAAGCGCGAGCGGUCCCUCACCAAGCGUGGUCCCCGGCCGGGCCAUGGCCUCGGCUGUUUCCCGCCGAGCAUGGCGGCGCUGCCGCUGCAUGGGGCGUUCGGCGGGAGGCCGUUGGGAAUUCAGGUGCACUCCAUGGUCCACAAGCCUUACUUCGGGGCGGCGCCUUCCAUGGCCGGUGGAGUGCUAAAUGGGCGGCAUGGGUGGUGCCGGCCGGCGGCGCCGACCAUCGAUCAGCGGCCAGCUGUUGGGAGGCUACGGAUGGAGAACUUUUGGGCCGCUCCUUCUGCGAGGUUCGAUGAGGCGGGGGUGGCGGCCGGAGGGUACCGGUGGGGUGGUGGUAAUCAAUUGAGUGCAGGGAAAGAGGAGGUCCAGAAGCUCGACUUGUCUCUCAAACUUUAAAGAGUAUAUAGCAGUGGUAGUAGCUUUAGAUAUUUGAUCUCUCUGGAAUUGGCUACAGAUUUUUCUCUGUUUUGGUUCUCCUCUAGUUAUGGCUGAGAACUUGUUCAUAUGGAUUGGUAGUUCAGCAGAUUUUUGACGUGUUGAUGAUGAUCUUCUAAUCAAUUUCUCCCAAUG